UUUGUGAUUCCAGUCACUAUGGUGAACUCUGCAGUGACGACUGUUCCAGUAGACAUUGUACUGGAGAAUCAAGGUGUGUCGACAACGGACGGUGUGACAAUGGGUGUAUAGCAGGCUGGAUAGGAUCAGAUUGCAAGCUAAAAUGUUCACAUGAUCGAUAUGGACAGGGAUGUGAAAGUCUCUGCAAUUAUAGACAUUGUCAUGAGAACACUGAUUGUAAUCAUGUGACUGGAAAAUGUGUCAGUGGCUGUGACAGAGGGUAUCAUUCUAUCAACUGUACAAUACCAUGUGACGCUACCUAUGGGUUUAACUGUAACAUGUCUUGUGAUGCCCGACACUGUCUUGCCAGUAAGGCGUGUGAUAGUGUUUAUGGAAACUGUACAGGUGGUUGUCAAGCUGGCUGGGAGUUACCUGACUGCACAAAUGAAUGUCAAGCUGGUACAUUUGGACCCGGGUGUCAGUCAAAGUGUAGUGAACGACACUGUAAAGGAGACAGCUCAUCUUGUGAUGCUCAGAAUGGAAAGUGCCUACAUGGCUGUCAGCCGGGGUGGAAGAGUCCAAGUUGUAAUAUUUCAUGUGGCAGUGGUACAUAUGGCGCUGACUGUACAUUCGAUUGUAAUCAAAGACACUGCAAAGAGAGUACGACCAGCUGUGAUCCCGUAAAUGGUUCCUGUAGGGGUCCGUGUCAGGAUGGAUGGCUGGGGAUCGACUGUACUGGAUGUGAUGGAGAAUAUGGCCCAAACUGUUCAUUAUCGUGUGAUGCCAGACACUGUAAAAACAACAAGGCACCUUGUGAUUACAUGACCGGAUCUUGUGAAGGAGGAUGUAUGCCUGGUUGGCGAGGUAUUACAUGCACUGACACAUGUCAGGCUACCUAUGGAUUUAACUGUAACAAGUCUUGUGAUGCCAGACACUGUCGUGGUAGUAACGACUGUGACGUGUCUUAUGGAAACUGUGCAGGUGGUUGUCAAGAUGGCUGGGAGUUACCUGACUGCACAACUGAGUGUCAAGGUCGUACAUUUGGAUCCGGGUGUAAGUCAAAGUGUAGUGAACGACACUGUAAAGGAGACAGCUCAUCUUGUGAUGCUAAGAAUGGAUCAUGCCAACAUGGCUGUCAGCCGGGAUGGAAGAGUUCAAGUUGUAAUAUACAGAGUGCAGCGUCGACUGGAAAAGAUUCAGAUGGUUUUCCAGUCACACCUGUAGCUGGAGGCAUUAGUGCUGCAGUAGUUGUCAUCGUUGUGAUUAUCAUCAUCAUAAUCGUAGUCUUCAGGAGACGAAAACCGAAACAAAAGAGUUCUGCUGAGAAUACAGCCUCCCCAGAAAACAUUGGGAAACCUCAAGAAAUAACACGAGGCGCACCCGACGGCUCUGUCUACGUCAAUAUUGGAGAAUCUGCAAAACCUUCAACAAAAAAGCUUGUAACAAAGGAAACCGACUCCAGUCACUUAGUACCAUCUAUGAACACUGGUAACAUAGUAUCAGUCGUAAACGCUGGUUACGUAGAAUCAGACAUAAACGGCGUUGACGACAACACUGCUGACGUAGUACCAAUCGGAAGCACUAGUGACAUAUUGCCAAUCAUAGUCAGCGCUGACGUUGCACCAGUGGUCGACCAAAGAGAGCCUGAAGACCAACAGGCUAAUGGGGAUGAGGAGGAGCAGGUCCAGGAACCUAACACGUAUUACAAUGAUGUCCAAGCAGCUCCUACUCCGUUCAAAAUGCCAAAAGAAGGUUUUGACGUCACAGAACUUGAAGCUAUCAUAGAGAGCAUCAGGAGGCAGCCUGGAGGAUUUGAUGCAGAAUAUCUUAAACAGCCAAGCGGAUUCAAGCACCCAUACAAUGAUUCACAGAUACCAGAUAACAGAUGCAAGAAUAGAUUUACUGGUUACUACCCAUAUGACAAUAAUCGUGUGAAACUAUAUAUGUUGCCAAACGUCCCGUAUUCUGACUACAUCAACGCCAGUUACGUCGAC